CCGCCUCCGCCUCGGCUGAUGCUGAGAUUGUGACACGACCUAGAGGUACACAAUAUUUGCAUCGUCUUCUCUAGCGCGGCGUCACCAUUCAUGACAUCUCGCUAUGCUCCUCCACCGAAGUGCUCUCCAUUCGCUAUUGACUCGUAAUCUGCUAUCGCAAUAUUGGUCUGCUCUCGCUCUUCCGCUUUGGCUCCUUACAUACCUACAUCGCUGUGGGGCCACAAACAUGACAUCGUUACGGCUCCAGCUUGCAACGGGUCCAUCCAUUCAGAGUCCACGUGCCUCGCGCCUGCGUGUCAGUUGUGGUCCCCGGACCAGUAUGCACCCAUCUGCAUGACAAUACUCCGCCAU